AUGGAACAUACCACUAUUCGCGUAGAACGUCCUGAUCCUCAAGAUGGAAGUGGUAUACCUAAUCAUCUGAUCAUUUGGUUGGAUAAAUUUAUAGGAAAAGCUAAUGAAUAUUAUCUUUUAAAACGUGCUUUCUUCAUGACAACAGAUCCAACUACUGGCUAUGUACAAGAUUUGAAGCAAGAAGACAUUGAUCAUAGUAUUCGUUUGAACGAAGCCAUAUCGGUUCGACUCGAUGGAAUUCAAUUCAUGCUUCGAGCUUUUGACACCGUUGAUAACUGUUUCGAAGCUAUUGAAAACAACUUUGACAAACGUCUUUUCAUCAUCACAUCAGGUUCAAAAGGAAGAAUUCUUUUACCGGCUCUUACAACGCACUUUCAAGAGAAAAUCAAACAAAAUUAUCCUGUGUAUAUCUUUUGUGGCAACAUGAAUAUGGUACAAGUGGGUGAUGUGGUGCCGACGAAUGAAUGGGUAUGGGAUUUUGAAGAUUAUGCUCUCAUGUUCAAUCAUGAAAGCGAUCUAUUGGCUCGCAUGAUAUUAAACAUCAUCGAUUAUUUCUAUACUGAAGGAAAUCAACUUCGUCAAGCUGAAAAACUCGAAAGUGCGAGUCAACAUUACCGUUGGGCUAAAAUUAUGCUACAACGACGUGUUACUAUGUCUCCUAAAGUGGCAUUGGACGAUAGAGAAAAAGAACUAAAUCACCUUAUUGAUAGUAUUGAGCAACAUCUAAGUCAACGGAACAAUGAUAAGAAAGAUCGUGCUGGUGAACCAUGUGCUUGA